GCGCUGGGAGGCGGCGAUCGAGAGGCAGGGCCGAUCGAUUGCUGCUGCCUGGCUUCCUGCGUGCGCCGUGCGCUGCGGGCUUUUCGCGCCUGCGUAGUGCGCCCCCCUCCCUUUCUGCCUCCUCUGCCGCCAUGGCGCCAGUGAAAAAGCUUGUGGCGAAGGGGGGCAAAAAAAAGAAGCAGGUUUUGAAGUUCACCCUUGACUGCACCCAUCCUGUAGAAGAUGGAAUCAUGGACGCUGCCAAUUUUUGGCAACAGAACAAAAAAGUCCCUUUUGGACAGAGGUCCCUGAAGCCUGAGGUGAAUGGCUCUCCCUGGCUCCCAUGGUGCUUUGCAGAGCGUGUCUGGGCUCCCAGGCCCCUGGUGCCUCUGCUGUACCAUGCAGGCAACUCCAGGCAGGAGCAGUUCCUCCAGGAGAGAAUCAAGGUGAAUGGGAAAGCUGGGAAUCUUGGUGGAGGGGUUGUGACCAUCGAACGGAGCAAGAGCAAGAUCACUGUCACCUCUGAGGUGCCUUUUUCCAAAAGGUAUUUGAAAUAUCUCACCAAAAAAUAUUUGAAGAAGAACAAUCUUCGAGACUGGUUGCGUGUUGUCGCCAACAGCAAAGAGAGUUAUGAAUUGCGUUACUUCCAGAUUAACCAGGAUGAAGAAGAGGAGGAGGAUGAGGAUUAAGACACAUUGGUCUGGAAUGUUUUGUAUUAAUUCAUAAAUAAAAUUUAGGAACAAAA